ACAGGAACAAUGAUCACACUCCUUGCUAUUUUUGGCCUCUUCAUCACUGUUAAAACAUCUGACAUCACUGAGCUGCAAGUGCAAACAGUGAGGCAUGGAGAUAAUAUAACUAUCAAAUGUGGUGAAAACUCGCUGAAAGAAAAUAAUGAUAAUUUAGUUUGGUAUAAGCAGAGUUUUGGAAAGGUGCCUCAGUAUGUAGUAAGAAAAUUUAAAAACACCUACAGAAUCUGCAGUUGAACAGGACUCUGAGUGAAAUAUCCAGGACUUGACUCAACUGUAUAGGCCAGAGUCAUUCGCGCUGAAGAAAAUAGAUUCCAGCGUUGGAUUUUAGAGGCAGUGGAGAUACGAAAGCGUGCGCAGAGAACGAUGAACCGGGAUGAGGGAGCGUACGCGCUGUCACACACCUGGAGUGCCGUCCUGGAGGAGCGACCUGACAGCAGGAGGCGUGAACUACCUGUCAAAUUGGGCGGGACGUUCAUGCCUCCUUAGAGUAACAUCAGCUGAGAAGGCACGUCACCACUCGACAUCUGGUGACUGUUUUGAAGAAGGCGGAAGUUUAUCGCCGAAACUGUCAAGCAGGAACAAUGAUCACACUCCUUGCUAUUUUUGGCCUCUUCAUCACUGUUAAAACAUCUGACAUAAUUGAGCUGCAAGUGCAAACAGUGAGGCGUGGAGAUAAUGUAACUAUCAAAUGUGAUGAAAACCUGUUGAAAGAUAACCAAGAUAAUUUAGUUUGGUACAAGCAGAGUUUUGGAAAGGUGCCUCAGCAUGUAGCAAGAAAAUUUAAAAACACCUACAGAUUUAAUCCUAAAUUUGAUGAUGGCCACCUUGAUAUUACUCAGGAAGGAAAAAGAUUUGAUAUCAACAUUGUUAGAACCAAAGAAGAGGAUAGUGCAACAUAUUUCUGUACAGAAAUGUUGGACAAUGUAGUUAAGUUUGAAUCUGGAACACUUUUGGCUUUUCAAGCUGAGAAGGCCAACCACCCGGUUCCGACUCUAACGGUUAUCAGCAGUGGAGAGUCUGUCACUCUUCAGUGUUCAGUACAAGUGAUUGCUUCAAGUUGUGCAGGUGAACAGGGCGUGUACUUAUUCAAACAUGGUUCAGGAGAAUCUCAUACAGGACUCAUUUACACUCCUGGAGACAGCAGUGCUCAGUGUAAAAGGAGCUCUAAGGAUGGUUUUCCCACACAGAGCUGCAGCUAUACCCUGCUGAAGAGCAGCAUUGGAUACGCUGAUGCUGGAAUUUACCACUGUGCUGUGGCUGCUUGUGGAAGGAUCUUCUUUGGGAUUGGAACAAAAGUUGAUUUAAAAGGUAACAACAGUGAGAAAGAGGGAAUGUGCAAUAACUUCAUUCUAAGAAUUGGACUUCUUGUCAUGCUUAUAAUACAUAUGAUACUUCAUGUUGUUUGUAAAAUAUGUACAAAUAUUACAAAAACUGAUGUCAGAUCCAAUAAAUACUGACACACAAGAAAUGCACUGCAGUUUGAAUUGUUGCUGAUUAUUUGGAUUUGUCAUAAGUCUAACCAUAAUGAAGAAUCAUUUCCUAGCUACACUUGCCACUGCUUGAAAUA